AUGCGGCGUGUCUGCAGCCGUUGUGUGCGGCCGGUGGGUGAAUUCCCCGCCGUCGCGUUGCGGCAGUCCACCGCGGCGGUCUCCACCGGCGUCUUCGAUCACGGCCCCUUCCAACACCGCAGCCGCCACUCAUUCAACACAAUUCCACUGCACGACGCCAAUCGCCUCGGGGGGCGCACGGCGUAUCUGCGCGAAAUCGGCCCCGUCAACCAAAAAACACGCGGCCGCCGCUUUAAGAAGGAUCCACGCACCGUGCAGUUCAACGUGGAUGUGUGGUGUGCGCAGCAGACACUGCGGAAGCGGUGGAAACAACGCGAUUGGGAGGUGGUGGAGGUCCCCUUCCGACACGCACCGGCGGAGCAGCAGCGCGUGGUGCCGGAGCUCUACACAGAUGUGCCAAUGAUGACAGACCCAGCACGGCAGGAUUAUAGUAACAUCCGCAGUAAAGUAUACGACCGCGAGGCACUGCAACACGUCCUCUUUGGCGCUACAAACACAUUGCCCUAUCCACCACUGCAGUACGUGGACAAAAAGGCAAUGACAUUGGAUAAGUUCUUGUAG